UGCACAGAAAUGGAGGAAACUAGUAAAGUUAGCACAAAACAACAAUUUAUUGCUGCAUAUGCCGCAUUGGUACAGGGAAUAAGUGCUGAACGGUUCGACGAGUUCAAACCGUUUUUCGCCAACGAAGAUGACUACAACCUGGCGGUACAGGAAUUCCGCAACGGGUUUCAGGAAGCGCUGCUAGCGAAGGUAAACCGACUAUGGGAUGAAACGGACAUCGAUAACAAUGUCGAGCUGUUGGAAAAGUUGACGCAAAAGGCGCAAGGGAAGGUGGGCAAAAUGUGGCGUCCUACGGGGAAACCGGUCAGCGAGCAGAUACGGCCGCUUGUGGUAAACAAGCUGAAAACAUCACUAAAAUUUUACCAAUAUCAGCUGGGAUUUCAAAAGGAACGAACUGAGGAACUCAUUUACCUGAUAGAGACAAUGCGGGCCAAAUACCAAACAAUGCAGACGCAACGGAACCACCUACUGCAGCAAAUAGCAAACGAGCAGAAAACGUUCGAUUCCAUCCGUGCCCACCAGAAAGAGCUCGACCAGCUGGUAAAUGUUGAUUUGUUUAAUGGUAUUCGGAAGACGGACGCAUCUUAAGCAAACCACUUCAGGUAGGAUAAAUUUGUAACAAGUUUAUUGUUUAAAAGAAAACACAAUUAAACUAAAAGUACACAUUA